AAAAAAAAAAAAGAAGAAGAAGAAUGACGGCGGUCUCAGGGGACAACGCGGACGAGUCGUCGGCCGCGGCGGGCCACCCCCAGGACACCUACCGGCCCCCCGACCACAACGACCACGAGUGCUGCGAGAGGGUGGUCAUCAACAUCGCCGGCCUCCGCUUCGAGACGCAGCUCAAGACCCUCUCCCAGUUCCCGGAGACGCUGCUGGGCAACCCCAAGAAGCGGAUGCGCUACUUCGACCCCCUGCGCAACGAGUACUUCUUCGACAGGAACCGGCCCAGCUUCGACGCCAUCCUGUACUACUACCAGUCCGGGGGGAGGCUGCGAAGGCCCGUCAACGUGCCCCUGGACAUGUUCUCGGAGGAGAUCAAGUUCUACGAGCUGGGGGCGGACGCCAUGGAGAGGUUCCGCGAAGACGAGGGCUUCAUCCGGGAGGAGGAGCGGCCCCUGCCCGACAAGGAGUUCCAGCGGCAGAUCUGGCUCCUCUUCGAGCACCCGGAGAGCUCGGGCCCGGCCCGCGGCAUCGCCAUCGUGUCCGUCAUGGUCAUCCUCAUUUCCAUCGUCAUCUUCUGCUUGGAGACCUUGCCGCAGCUCAAGGAGGAGCCGGCGGGGGGCCGCCCGGAGGCCGCCGCCGGCAACGGCACGGCCUACCGCAAGCCCAACAUCCUCACCGACCCCUUCUUCGUCAUCGAGACGCUCUGCAUCAUCUGGUUCUCCUUCGAACUGAUCGUGCGCUUCCUGGCGUGCCCCAGCAAGCCGGCCUUCUUCAAGAACAUGAUGAACACCAUCGACAUCGUGGCCAUCAUCCCGUACUUCAUCACGCUGGGCACCGAGCUGGCCGAGGACCCCGACGCCGAGGGGGUGGGCGAGCAGGCCACGUCCCUGGCCAUCCUCAGGGUGAUCCGUCUGGUGCGGGUCUUUCGGAUCUUCAAGCUCUCGCGCCACUCCAAGGGGCUGCAGAUCCUGGGCCAGACCCUCAAGGCCAGCAUGCGCGAGCUGGGCCUGCUCAUCUUCUUCCUGUUCAUCGGCGUCAUCCUCUUCUCCAGCGCCGUCUACUUCGCCGAGGCCGAGGAGAAGGAGUCCUACUUCACCAGCAUCCCCGACGCCUUCUGGUGGGCGGUGGUCUCCAUGACCACGGUGGGCUACGGCGACAUGGUGCCCAUCACCAUCGGGGGCAAGAUCGUGGGAUCCCUGUGCGCCAUCGCCGGCGUCUUGACCAUCGCGCUGCCCGUGCCCGUCAUCGUGUCCAACUUCAACUACUUCUACCACCGCGAGACGGAGGGCGAGGAGCAGGCCCAGCUGCUGAACGUCAGCGAGCCCGACCUGCCGUCCGACGCCGACUCCAGCCGCCGCGGCUCCUCCCUCGUCUGCAAGUCCGAGUACAUGGAGAUCGACGGCGACCUGAACAACAGCAUCGACAACUUCCGCGAGGCCAACCUCAGAACUGGCAACUGCGCUCUCGCCCAGCGCAACUGCGUCAGCGACAACAAGCUGCUCACGGACGUUUAGGCGCCAGCGGCG